AUAACUUAAAUGGCGUUUAUAAACAUUUGUAAAGUACAAAUUAUAAUUUCCAUCUUACUAUACAAAUCCAUAAUAUUAUUUCCAUCUUGAGUUUAGGUAGACGACGACUUCAAUCCUGCAUUUUUUGGACCCAUUCCUUGCCUGCCAUUCGUUUCAGUCAGAAUGAGUGAUCCCUCCAAAGCAGUCGUGCUUUAUCGUGGUAGAAGAAACAGCAACGCCGAGAACAUUCCUCCACCUUCUCGUCCAAGUUCACCCUUUGACCAACCCCACCGAAGUCGUGGUUCUCGACCCCACACGCUACACUUGCAGUAUAUCACUCCCCCCUUCGUUUUCGAAUACUUUUCCAACCCAAACGUCACCGUCUUCAUCGCAGCUAGAGUGAUGUAUACUCCACCUUAUCCUGGAUUCUCCCAAGACAAUGGGGGUGGCGGCUACGGACAUCACUUACCGAAUGGAUACAUUCCAUCGCCGUCAGCAGCAUCAUCUUCUGCGUCCUCGCUGUUUUCGAGCUCCCAGUCGUCGCAAUCAUCCCAUCGUGCGGCAAAUCGGCUCCACCAGCCUAAUAAUUUCAAUGGAUCAUCAGCAGUCGCGACGCAGGGAUCAGCCCCCUAUGCUCAUUCAACACCUGUAGUUGAUAAUUCUGAGAACAAUCGCUCGCAGCAAACCAUUCCCCAAGACAAUCAAUGGCCACAACAGCAACCGUGGUAUCAGGCACCACUUCAACAUUAUCAGCAACCAAUGUUUGGACAAGGACCUAUAUUUGGUCACCAGGACCAGCAGCAACAACAUGGCCACCAUGGUCAUGCAAUGAUGCCGCAAAAUCAGUACCAAUCUCCAGGUGCAAAUAAUCCCAGCUAUCACUUUCAUUUUGGAAGCCCUGGCUCAUACGAUGUCAACUUUGCUCAUAACAAUGCCAAGUAUGAAUAAGACAAAUUAAUUGAUGCAAAUCCAACAAGUGCUAACGAUAUGACUAAAAAACAGUAGACUCAUUUAGUUUUGUUUUUGUAUUUUUUUUAUUCAAAUGUUAAAGGGUUUAAUGAAUAUGUAAUUAAGAUAUUUUUAGGAAGAGUAAUAUACAGAGUUAUUUAUUAGUUAUACGGUCAACCAUCCGACUUUACGAGGUUUGACUUUAGCAGUUUAACCCCACCAAGAAGAAUCAAUAUUAUUUAUAUAUGUUGUAGUAAUAAUGCAAAUAAUUAUACUAUAACUAUAAUAAUUA